UUGGCUGGGUGACGGGAGUCAUGAUCCGAUGCAUGUUGAAUAUUUGGGGUGUGAUCCUUUAUUUACGUUUGCCCUGGAUAACGGCCCAGGCUGGCAUAGGGUUAACCUGGUUGAUCAUUAUCAUGUCCUCUGUGGUGACCAGCAUUACUGGUCUCUCUAUCUCUGCAAUUUCCACCAACGGAAAGGUCAAAGCAGGGGGAACCUACUUCCUGAUCUCUCGCAGCUUGGGCCCAGAACUUGGUGGAUCCAUCGGUCUUCUCUUCUCCUUUGCCAAUGCCGUGGCGGUGGCCAUGCACGUGGUGGGCUUUGCCGAAACAGUGAAGGACCUCCUGGUGCAGUUUGAUGCCGUGAUGACUGAUCCCAUGAACGAUAUCCGCAUCGUGGGUGUGAUCACUGUCACCGUCCUGCUUGGAAUCGCUUUGGCUGGCAUGGAAUGGGAAGCAAAAGCUCAGGUUGUCUUCUUCUUUGUCAUCAUGGUGUCCUUCAUCAACUAUUUCAUCGGGACCUUAAUCCCUGCCACGCCAGAGAGAAUGGCCAAGGGCUUCUUCAGCUAUCGUAGUGACAUCUUCCUGGAGAACAUUAGGCCUGAAUGGCGAGGUGAAUCGGGCAGUUUUUUUGGCAUGUUCUCCAUAUUCUUCCCCUCGGCCACCGGGAUCCUGGCUGGGGCCAAUAUUUCAGGAGACUUAAAGGAUCCAGCAGUGGCCAUCCCCCAGGGAACACUAAUGGCCAUCUUCCUGACCACCCUCAGCUAUCUGGCCAUUGCUGCCACCAUAGGGGCUUGUGUCCUCCGUGAUGCCUCUGGAAGUCUAAACGACACUCUUUUGGUUUCCAACUUCACCGGUGGAGACUGUGUUGGCCUGGGCUGCAAUUAUGGCUGGAACUUCACUGAGUGCACGGUGACAAGGACCUGCACGUAUGGACUUGCCAACGACUACCAGACAAUGAGCAUGGUUUCGGCAUUCAGCCCCCUGGUCACUGCGGGAAUCUUCGCUGCUACCCUCUCCUCAGCUUUGGCUUGCCUCGUCUCAGCCCCCAAGGUCUUCCAGUGCCUCUGUCAAGACAACCUCUACCCGCUGAUUGGCUUUUUUGGCAAGGGUUAUGGAAAGAAUAAGGAACCUCUGCGAGCUUAUGCUCUGACCUUUAUCCUGGCCGUUGCCUUCAUUCUCAUUGCUGAACUGAACACAAUAGCCCCCAUCAUCUCCAACUUCUUCCUCUGCUCUUAUGCCCUGAUCAACUUCAGCUGCUUCCACGCCACCAUCACCAACUCUCCAGGCUGGAGGCCUUCCUUCCGCUACUUCAGCAAAUGGACUGCCCUCUUUGGAUCCAUCGUUUCAGUGGUCAUCAUGUUUCUGCUGACUUGGUGGGCAGCUCUCAUUGUCGUCGGGGUCAUCGUUGUGAGCUUGGCAUAUGUCACCUACAAGAAACCAGAGGUGAACUGGGGCUCCUCAGUGCAGGCCGGUACUUACAGCAUGGCUCUGUCGAAUGCCAUGAACUUGACCAAUGUGGAGGACCACGUCAAGAAUUUCCGGCCUCAGUGUUUGGUCCUCUCAGGUCCUCCCAGCUUUCGACCAGCCCUGGUGGAUUUUGUUGGUGCCUUCACCAAAAACGUCAGUCUCAUGAUCUGCGGAAACGUGGCUGAGCUACACGAUUCCUGUUGCGUUGAAGAUUAUGAUGAACAACUCCAGUGGCUUGGCAAGCGGAAAAUCCGCUCCUUCUACAGCUACAUCACAAUUGGAGACUUGCGAUCGGGAGCUAGAAGCCUUAUGCAGGUUUCAGGUCUAGGACGUCUAAAACCCAACACAGUAGUCCUCGGUUAUAAGCACGAUUGGCAGACCGACUCUCCCCACAACCUGGAGAAUUAUGUGGGCAUAAUACAUGACUCCUUUGACUUCAGUGCUGGAGUUUGUGUGCUUCGGAUGCGCAAUGGGCUGGAUAUGUCGCGGGCGGUGAAGGCCCAAGGUGGCGUGUUCAGAGUUGGCGCCGAUGCCCACUUGGAGACAGUGUUCCAGAGCAAGCAGAAGAAGAAAAAUAUCGACAUAUAUUGGCUGUUUGAUGAUGGUGGGCUGACCCUCCUCAUCCCCUAUCUCCUGACCCGCCGAAAAUGCUGGAGGCAGUGCAAAGUCCGAGUCUUCAUCAGUGGGCAGAUCUCUAACGCCGAGGAACACAGAGAAGAGAUCCGGUUUCUCUUGGACAAAUUCCGCCUGGGCUUCAACGAGGUUGUGGUGCUGCCUGAAAUAAUGUGGAAACCAGAGGAGACAAGCUGCAAAGAAUUUGAGGACCUCAUAGCUCCAUAUCGGCUCAACGAGGGCCAAAAAGAUGCCGAGACCGUGGAAGCGAUGAAGAAGGAAAUGCCAUGGAAAGUCACCAGUGAAGACCUCAGAAUCUACAAGAAAAAGUCUGAACAGCACAUGUGUCUUCACGAGGUUCUACAGGAUCACUCCCGCAAUGCAGCCCUCAUCAUCAUAAGCCUUCCAGUGGUAUGCAAAGGAGCCUGUCCCAGCUCCCUCUACAUGGCCUGGCUUGAGACCGUCUUGAAAGACUUGCAUCCACCAGUGGUCUUCAUCCGAGGGAACCAGGAGGAUGCACUGACCCUCUACUGCCAAUAGGCGGCAGCAGUAUCCCAAAGCAGCUCUGGGCAAAUGGACUGUACGGGGCUCCCCCGUUAUGCCAGCCCAGCCACAUGGGAAUGCAGACUCCAAAGUCUGCAGUUACCCCAUGGAAACCAGCGGGACAUUGCCACUGAACACAUCGGCAUCUCUGAGAAGCAGGCAGGCUGUGCACAACCAAGUGACGUUGCCGCUGGGGUUUUUUCCCGCUUGUUUGCUGAGUUUGAAUGCAAAGGACUGAUUCAGAAUGUUCUGUGUCCACUUACUCUGUAAAUAGGAAUACAUUUUGAAUAUUGUUAUUUAAUAUCCCUGGUGUGUCUCCUACUUUGUCCCUCUUGGCAAGAGCUGUCU